GAGGCCACCCCGAGAAUGUGGCUGAAGGGUCUCUUAGGGGUCAGCAGGAUUCUGGCCACCUCCCCAGUCCACCCAGCAGCCAGACUCCACCUCGCAGGCGGUAGGUGGGGAUUUGGAGGUGUCUCUGCACAGGAGCCCCACCCCUUCCCGCCUCCCGCCCCGCUCCCCUCCCGCGCACUGCCAUCCUCCUAUCCCCACCUCUCCAGCUCCCGCUCGCCCCCUCCCCGCGCCUGCCUUCCGCUCCCGCCGCCCCACCCCUGGGAAGCCCCUCCCGUCGGGCAGCGCUGCCUUAUAAGCGGGUUCCCGGCCCGGGGGCGGCAGCGGCUGGUCGGCGGCAGCUCUGCGGUGCGGGGGCGGCGAGCCCAGAACCAAGUGAGCCUCCGCGGCCCGGACGCGCCGGCCACCGCCCGCCUCGCCCCCGCCCUCCCGGCCGCAGCCCUGCGGGUCCCGCGCCGGACCCGCCCCCGCCCCACCCGCGCGCUUCGCCGCCUCUUCCAAGACCCAGCUCGCUGAGCGGUCGCCGCCGCUGCUGCUGCUGUCGCUGUCGCUCUCGUUGUCGCCGCCGCGCCAGCUUCCGGCCGCGGCCCCCUCCGCCGUCCAGGGCUCCUCCGUCUCGGCCCCGGGACCUCGGCUCCCCGCCAGCCCCGGCCCGGCCCCGGCCCCCGGCACCAUGUCGGAGAAGAGCGUGGAGGCAGCGGCCGAGCUGAGCGCCAAGG